AUGGAAAGUUUCGCAAAGGUAGCGCAGUCUAUCAGCCCCUGUACCCUUGAGCGAGCUAUUUUCUGUCAAGAAGAGGCAGAUGUGAGCGACAAGGAGCGCCAUGCAUAUCAAAAACAAGCUGCCGAAGACUGGGAAACGAUUCUGAUAAACAGGGCAAGGGAAAUGAAAACAGGUGCUCAUCUGAUCAUUGGAUUAAUGGGGUUAAAGGACGCGAAUGAAUUUAGAAGACCCAACAGUGGGGGCACCCCUGCCUACUUACGAGUUUUAAGAGACAUUUGGUGGUCAAAUGUCGAGCAAGGUGUGAUAACAAAGGAGGAAUUUAAAAAUACAAACGCUGCAUAUUAUCGACGAUCAGAAGUUGAAUUAAAAGCACCGUUUGUAAGCAAGGACUCCAAGGUUUUAAAAGAAGGUUUAAAACUUAUUUCAAUCAAAAUGAAAGAUGUUCCAAUCAACCCAGCUGCAAUGGUAGGAAAAGACAAAGUUACAGGAACUCGCUCGAUAAAAAGGUACGUUAAUUCGGUCCAAGCUUGGAGUAAUGCUAUAUUCUACUCUGGUCUCUCCGAGCACAGAUCGGAAGAAGAACGAAAAGUCAUAAUGGAUCAGUUAUACUCUCAGUUUGAGGAAUGUAUCAUGUGCAAUCCCGAUGACUUCAUUUUUGAGUUUACAAUGGCCUAUGUAGACAUCGUGAAGACUUAA